CGGAAACCGAGCGUCACUUCCGCUUCCGGCGCGGCUUCCGGUUCCGCGGGGCGGCAGUGGCGGAGUGACGCAGAGCUCGGUCAACGAUGAUCGAAGUCGUUUGCAACGACCGUCUGGGUAAAAAAGUGCGAGUAAAAUGCAACACCGAGGACUCCAUCCGCGACCUGAAGAAGCUGAUCGCGGCGCAGACCGGGACCCGUUGGGAUAAAAUCGUGCUUAAAAAGUGGUACACCAUCUUCAAGGAUCACGUCACGCUGGGCGACUAUGAAAUCCAUGAUGGCAUGAACCUGGAGCUCUACUACCAGUAGCGGCUGCCCUCCCUUCCCGGUUCCUCCCGGUGCUUUCUCCGUGGGACCCACCGCCAAUCCCCCCCCGUUCCACCCCCCUCCUUUCCUUUCCCCUCCCCUCUGCCGUAUGGCCGAACCGGAGCCAUGUUGAGGCUCUAAACCUGCUGUAAGCUGCCCUGGAUUGUUUAAGUGGUUUCUAAUAAAUGUGUUUCUCGA